AUGGAUUCUAUUCGAUGGUGUCUGAUCGUUGGCCCUAAAUAUAUAAUAGGUGACUUUACUCAAUUCAAUGGACGUGGAGGAGAAAGCAUUUAUGGAGCAAAGUUUGAAGACGAAAAUUUCAAGUUGAAGCACGAGGCGCCGAUGUACUUGUCCAUGGCAAAUGCGGGACCAAACACCAAUGGGUCGCAGUUCUUUAUUACCACGGUGAAGACUCCGUGGUUGGACGGCCGCCACGUCGUUUUUGGCAAAGUAUUGGAGGGUGAAGAAUUGGUUAAGUCUAUCGAGAGUGUUGGAAGUAAUAGUGGACAACCAAAAGCUAAAGUUACCAUCGUUGAAUCUGGAGAGUUGAAAUAG